AUGACCAUCGGUGGACUCUCAGGCAACUUUGAGAAAUUGCAAGUCCUGGAAACUCAGACAAUGGACGACAAGCCACACUUCACAGAACAUGAACCAUCGACCACAGGUUCUCGAAGGGUUGAUCUGGAUGUUUUGCAGGAGGACAUACAAACCGAAAACUAUGAAGGCCUUAGUCUCAGCGUUAUCAUGGUUUACCUUGCCAUGUGCGUGGGAAAUUUCUGUCAACUUUUUCAGUUGGUCGCCUCAGGUGCAUACAGAUUCCAGCUCACAGCGACGGUCGGGGGUGCUGGUGCAAGUAUCUGGGUACUUCAGUGCUUGGUGAUCUUAGGCACCAUGACGGCGCCAAUGACAGCCCAGUUCGCAGACAUCUGGGGUCGCAAAUGGCUCGUCGUCACCUUAUCUACCCUGAAUUGUGUCGGGGUGCUGAUCGUUUCUCGAGCAAGCAGCAUGACCAUGGUCAUUGCCGGUCAAGUCUUGUCUGGUAUUGGUUUCGGCGCUCAGUCUUUAUACUAUGCGAUCCCCUCGGAGAUCGUUCCUCGGCACUAUCGACCAAUUGCACAAGGCGGUAUCAACAUCGUGAUUGCUAUGUCUGGUAUCACGAGUCUCUUAGCAGGCGCAGUCCUAGUCCAAACCGGUCCAGAGGGUUGGAGAAUCAUGUGGUAUAUUCUUGCUGGCUUAUUAGCAUUCAUGGUGAUACUCACCGUGUCAUUCUACAAACCUCCACCCAGGCCACUGUCUCUAAAGUUGACGUCACGAGAAAAAUUACAACAACUGGACUGGAUCGGAUAUGCAUUGCUGAUUACCGGCAUAUUACUGUUCAGUAUGGCACUCACCUGGUCUGACAAUCCAUAUUCUUGGAAGGAUGCUCAUAUCAUUGCUCCAUUUGUCGUUGGCACUAUUUGUCUAUUGGGCCUAGCAUGCUAUAAUGGAGCUUUCAAGAAAGAUGGCUUAUUCCAUCAUACGCUUUUCAAAAAGGAUCGGAAUUUUGCUCUCGCUUUGUUUUGCAUUGCCGUCGAGGGUGCGACCUUUGCUGGCGCUAACACCUUCUUUGUUGUGGAGAUGCUUGUCUUUUUCGAAACAAGUCUCCUGCGGGCUGCCUUACGUUACUCUAUUUUCUUCAUUUCGAUGAUGUUUGGUGCUGGAUUCGCGGCAGUGUACGAUUCGUUUACUAAAACCAUUCGGCUACCCACAGCCGCCUCCUAUGGAGAAAUUCUGACCAUCCUACUCUCAGUACUCAUGGCAACCGUGACAUCAAGUAGUGGUACCGCAGCCUGGGCAUACCCUAUCUUUCUGGGUCUAGGUCUUGGCUGUGCGGUGACUGGCACAGUUGUGGCGGCGCAGCUUAGUGCACCUCCAGCAUUUAUCGCUCUUACAACAGGCUUAAUGCUUGGAGGCAGAUCUUUCGGGGGUUCAAUUGCACUGCCCAUCUACAACUCAUUGGUUGCUUCACAACUUUCAAAACAUCUGGCUUCCGCCAUCGCUGCGAAGGUUCUCCCCCUCGGAGCGACCACCGAAAUGCUCCCACAAAUUAUAAGGGCGGUGGCUGCUUUAGAUAUCGGAUCCAUCAUGAACAUUGAAGACAUGACACCACAAAUAUUUGGGGCUGCGAUAGAGGGCAUGCAUGAGGCCUACACGCCAGCUUUCAGAAACCUUUGGAUCACGGCUGGCUGUUUCGCAUCGCUCGCGACCGUUGAUUUUGCAGCAUCCUGCUUCUUCAUCAAUCCUCAACACGACUUUACUAUGCAUGUCGACGCUCCUCUCAGCAAGAUGAAUGAGAAAAGUGACACCGAUGUCGACCUGAAGAACAGAAAACAGCCACUUACAGAAUAA